CUCUGCUCCACGGGCGGAAGAGGCGGCGGCGGCAGGAGCGGCGGCAGCGGCGGCAGGAGCCAAGGAGCAGGCUCCAGACGCUGCUUAGGAACCGGGGACCCAGGAGUGCCCGCACCCUGAGCUCUCAGCUCCGGAGGCGGAUGAAAGAAGAGUGUGUGGUGAGAUCUCCAAAGCUGGACCAAAAGUCAUGGCAGAGUACGGGACUCUCCUUCAGGACCUGACCAACAACAUCACCCUCGAAGAUCUGGAACAGCUCAAGUCAGCCUGCAAGGAGGACAUCCCCAGCGAGAAGAGUGAGGAGAUCACUACAGGCAGUGCCUGGUUUAGCUUCCUGGAAAGCCACAACAAGCUGGACAAAGACAACCUAUCCUACAUUGAGCACAUCUUUGAGAUAUCCCGCCGUCCUGAUCUACUCACUAUGGUGGUCGACUACAGAACCCGUGUGCUGAAGAUCUCGGAGGAGGAUGAGCUGGAUACCAAGCUAACCCGUAUCCCCAGUGCCAAGAAGUACAAAGACAUUAUCCGGCAGCCCUCUGAGGAAGAAAUCAUCAAAUUGGCUCCCCCACCAAAGAAGGCCUGAGCAAGGGGGAGGAAGAGGAGGAAGGUUGGAUCUUCAUCAGACCACUCCCUUCCCUGUCCUCAAUGGGAGGGGCUAGGGCAACCCCCCUGCUCCGUACCCACUUACUAACUUGGUCCUAACCCCCUUACUAUGCGCGUGUGUGUGCGUGUUCACACGCUCUGGCUGUCUGUCUGUCUAGCUCAUCUAGUUCCUCCUCCUCAUGAGGGGACUGGAGUCAGGGGAGGGGGAGCUUAAUUUCCCCACUAUAGGGGAGGUGGAAGCUAUUUCUAUGUAAAUGGAAAUUGGCACAUUCCUCCUCCUCCCCUUUCCUCCACUCUUCCCCACAUCUUUUAAAGUACGGAAGCAGAAGGACCUGCAUUGUCCUACACUGAGGAGCUAAGGUGAAGAUGAGGUAUGGGAGAGAUGGUUAGAGCGAAAGAAAACCAAUGGGGAAGGAAGAUACGAGCUACUCAACCUCCACCUGGAAGGGGAAAGAAGAGCCAGAAUUCAGUGUUUGUAAAUCUGUGCUGGACUGGCUAGAACCCAGUUUCCGGCCAUUCCUUAGGCUGAAGUUCUGAGUGCCAGCAGGCCCUCUUUUACGCCCUUGUCACAGGCCUGGGAUAGAUAUGAGCCAGAAAUCUUAAUGAGAAGACCACUAGAUCCUUUCCUGGCCCCCAAAAUCAAACCCCAUGGAGAAGCCAGCAUUUGAUACCCUCAACUUCUCCUCUGGAGAGACUAUGCUGGGACCCAUGCACUACUGAGCCUGAGAUGGGGAUGCAGACAGAGACAGGCCCACUUUCUAUUUCAUUCCUGAACACAGACUGUUGAAUAUACUGACCCUGAGCCUAGGGAGGUUGGGGAAUGAGAUCUGUAGGUUUUAACCUCAACCUGCCCAAACCUACAGGGUCCCAAUAAAGCAACCUUCACACUCUCCAGUUUAGAAUUCCCCAAGCAAGAAAGUUAAUUACAGUGGUUUCCUCUGCACUGACACUGAUUACCACCCCAAUUCAAUCCAGGAAGGGACUUGGUAACCUUUCUCAUUUGGGUUUGUGGAUGCCUCCAAGCCAAGUCACUAGAGUACAGUGAGUGAACCCAGCCUCCUACCUGUCCCAAGAUGCCCUUCCCCAUCUUGACCGUGCUAACUGUGUGUACAUAUAUAUUCUACAUAUAUGUAUAUUAAACCCGCACUGCCAUGUCUGCCCUUUUUUGUGGUUUUGAGCAUUAACUUAUUGUCUAGGCCAGAGCAGGAGUGGGAGGGAUGCCACAGUGAAGGGAGUGGCAGUCACAUCGUUACAUAGUCCAAACAGAAAAGAAAGCAAACAUUAACUUUACAUGCAAGCUCAGAGACUAUGUAGAGGAAGUUGAAGGUAGGAGCUUCCAGGAUGUGGUAGCAAAGCUUCCCAGGGAGGGGAGGAGGUCAGGCUGUCGGAAGAGGGAAGAAGCCAGACUGGCUAGAGCACCCUCAGCUCCUAGCCCAGCCCAGUCUGCCCAUCCCCUCUGGCCACUGCUGCAGACACCUGCCUUAAUACACACACCUCGAAGACUCCAGUUUUGCCUUAAAGGUCCUUCCUAAGUCUCCCUAGUCCUGUCUGGCUUCUCCUUCAAGAAAAGAGGUACUUGUACAACCGGGAGAAAGGAAAUAAGCAAAACCCAUCCUUCCAUCUGGGAUGGUCUAUGAGAGCAAAAGUGAGAUGGAGCUUUCCUUAUGGAAGAAACAGGAAAGAGAGGGUGCUUUUCAGCAGUUUCUCUGUAAGGCAAAAAAACAAAACAAAACAAAAAACAAACUUUAAAUAGACUAACCUGCCCUAAUAGACUGAUACCCUGGCUACCCCCCCUUGCUGCCGUGAGGUUGCCCCUAGCCUGUGCUCUCUGUCUGCAGUGUGCACGGCCUUGUUCUAACCCUGGAAUAAAGGUGACUGACUGUACUGUA